AUGGGUGUUAAGUUCGCCGCGCAGCUUAUUGAUGACAAGUCUGGUCCAUUCGUGGAUGUCGAGCAGAUGGUAAUUCUCACGUCCCAGAGCAUGAUCCAGCCAGCUAUGACUCGACACGUUUUUUCUGAUGCGACUCGCGUGAGUAGAAGGAGGAACCGUGGCGAAGAAACAGAGGAGGCUUCAGCUAACUGA